ACAGCGCUCUAUUUGUCUUCAAAGUGUUUAGAUGGAGCAUGCACCGGAGGAUUUAAUCACUCAAGGAAGGAGAGAUUUAGUGUGUGGUGAUAUUAACAAAGCAGUAGAUAAUUUUCAAAAAGCUUGUGAAGCUCUGUGAGUCUUGAUGUUGUUGUUUAAUUAACAGGUCGAUGAUACAUGGUGAUUUUCAUGAAGCUCUUGCUAUCCCUAACUUACUGUAUGGUACUGCUCUUCUCGAACUAUCACGAAUAGAAAGUUCAGUUAUCGGGAAUGCAUUGGAUGGGAGUAAGUACCGAAUGACUUGACUUAACGUGAUUAGUACCAGAUUCAGACAAAAAUGAUUCAGAAUCGGAUGAUGGGAUCAUUGAACCUGGGCCUGAAUUGACAACUGAAGAAAAAGAAGAUAUUUCCAACCAAGUCAUAGAUGCUAUGUGUGAAGACAAAAAGCAGGAAGAAAGUGAAACCAAAGAAGCCGACACACCUAGCGAAGACACUGAAGCUGUAAGCGGAAAUGAUGCUGCUACUGAUAAUCCGACGGAUGACGCUUCUGAGGGAGCUGAGGAUGACGAAUCAAACGGAUCUGAAGAGGAAGAGUCUGAGAAUCAAGAUGAGGUCCAGAAUAAUCCCACAGAAUCGGAAGCUGCUAAAUCUGAUGAUGAAGAUGAAGUGUCAAAUCUUCAAAUCGCUUGGGAGGUUAUUGAAGUAGCCAAAAAACUGUUCUCACAAAAAGAUGACGAAGAGAGUAAACUGAAUGUUGCCGAGUGCCUAGAAAAGCUUGGUGAGAUUAGUCGCGAGAAAGAAGAUUAUGACCAAGCAGUAUUAGACUUAAAGGAAUGUUUGGGAAUCCGUACUUCCAUUUUGGGUCAAAAAGAUCGUCGUGUAGCUGAAAGCCAUUACCAACUGGGAACGACGUAUGCCGUUUCUGGAGAUUUAACAAACGCAAGCAGCUCUUUCAAAGCCUCAGUUGAGUGUCUCAAGUUGUUGGCUGAAGAUAUCAGGUCAAAAAUCGAAGCUGUUGACCAGAAAGAUGGAGAAGAGAAAGAGCUUCUCCAAGUUACACUUAAAGAGAUAGAACUUUUAAUACCAGACGUUCAGAGUCGGUGUGCGGAUAUUGAGGAAGACCGAUUAGCUGAAAGCAUUAAACAAACCGAGUCUCCAAUGGAACCAUGCUCUAAUGGUACUAGUGUCCCAACUGAUGACAUAUCACACUUGAUAAGGAAAAAACGUCCUGUUACUGAAACGACACCUGUGGAAUCUGUAGAAAGUAUAAGUCUUGAAUUAAAUGGUCAUGAAAACUCAACUUCCAAGAAAGUGAAGCUUAUAAAUGCGAAUGGUGAAUCCCUGCCUAAAGAAAAUGGUGUUUAGUUAAUUGAUAUGUGCCUAUAGAUUAAAAACCAAUUCCAAAGAAUUGCAUUUCAUUUUUACAGAUUUUGUCAGAAAUUUUUGUCUAUCGUUUUUAAAUAAUUUAUCUGCAGAUUACUUAUUCCAAAAAUAAAGUUCAUGUAUUCCCUUUG